AUGGAUUCGGCAUUUGUGCUGCCUCACCCCGCUUCCAUGGGAGCGUCGUGCAUUCUCGGUCUCCUUCUAUUGACUAUUUUGCGAGCACUUCUCAUACCCAAGAAGGCACUCCCCUUAGCCAUCAACCACCACCGAUGGGAUAUCUUCAACCGCAGGGCCAUCCAGGAUUUCACUGCCAACCCACAAGACCUGAUCAAGGCAGGAUUGAAGAAGGUGAUCGAUCCCAAGAUAGCACCACGGUUUGCGAAGGGCACCUUCUUGGUCCUACCAGAGCGGUACUCGGAAGAGGUGAAGAAUGAUGAGCGAUUCAGCGCCUAUGAAGCCUUAUCCCGCAGUUCACCGCAGAUCAUCCUCCUUGAGCUGCCGGGCUUUGAAUCAGUCUUCGAGGGCUUGAUGCACAAUGAUGUGGUACUUCCUGGAGUCGCCGCCAUGAACCGGCAGCUGGCAUCAUUGACCAGUCCCAUGUCCGAAGAGGUGUCCCAUUACCUACAGACCAACUGGACCGAUGAUCCCGAUUGGCAUACCCAGUCUGUCAGCGCGUCCAUGUCGGGCUUAAUCGGCCAAGCAGCCGCACGCAUAAUCGUUGGGCCCGAGCUGUGCCGCAACAAGGAAUACCACGCGAUUACCCUUAGCUACACGAUGAGCCGUGGCCGAGCCCUCGCCGCCAUCCACGCCUGGCCGCGGGCGCUGCAUCCCCUUAUCCACUGGUUUCUGCCGUCCUGUCGUAACGUGCGGACUCAGAUUCGGCGCGCAGAGAAACUCAUCACACCAAUUCUGGAGCGUACUCGACGAGCAAGAGCGAGGGGCGACCCGCCACAAGCAUUCUCGACCCUUGCCUGGUCGGAUGAAUAUGCCAGGGCACAGGGCCGAAGUUACAAUGCCACUCUGGCCCAGAUGCGCUUCACCUCGUCGUCGAUCCACAAUACCUCGGACCUUUUGGGAAAGGUCAUGUUGAGGAUCUGCCAGCGUCCGGACCUGAUCGAGCCGCUGCGGAGGGAAAUCGUUGCGGCUUUUGAUGGGGGCUCAGGUGCCCAGCAUCACUCACUUGGAAAACUCAAGCUGAUGGAGAGUGUGAUGAAGGAGACUCAGCGGUUGGAACCUGCUGCGGAACGUGUGUCAUAUCCCCCGCCCUUAACACCCGAAAGACUGACCGGUUACUCUAUAGUAAACAUGUUCCGCGUUGCCAAAGAAACAGUCACCCUCUCCGACGGGACCACGAUCCCCAAAGGGACGAUCUUCGGUUUCUCAUAUCAGAACCGCUUCGACCCCUCCAUGUAUCCCGACCCCGAGACCUUCGACCCGUAUCGGUUCAUGAGAAUGCGACAGGACCCUGUCCAGGCGAGUCUCGCCUCGUUCACCAAGGCCAGGAGCACUCAUUUGUCGUUUGGGCUCGGGAGGCACGCCUGCCCGGGUCGGUUUAUGGCGAACGACAUGAUCAAGCUCGCUCUGAGCCAUAUCCUGCUGAAAUAUGACUUCAAGUUGGUUGGCGAGGAGCUUCCCAAAUUGGAGAUGCACGGGUUUGUGUACGCGAGGGAACCAACGGCACAGAUCCUGGUGAGGAGGCGACAAGAGGAGGUUGUUUUAUGA